AUGGACGGCGGGGCGGGGCGGAACGCGAGCUGGGACCUGCUCGCGGGGGUGCGGAAGUUCGAGCAGGGGUACGAGCGGUUCGACACGCGGAACGCGAGCGAGGCGCACCUCCAGUUCGCGGACGGGGACGUGCCGAAGAACGGGCUCUCGAGGCUGUAUCAGUAUCUGCUGAACGUGUCGAUCGUAACGAGGUGGGCGAUCUUCAUUGUGCCCGUCUUGGGGAUUCUGUGGAUCCCUGGUAUUCUUGGUCUCACCAAGUUUCCCGACACGAAGUUCGAGGGGGUGAGGCUUGUGUAUUGGAGUAUAUGGUUAUCUGUUAUGUGGGCCGGAUGGUGGGUUGCGCUCGCAGCGAGUAUGUUUCUGCCGCAUUUCCUACGGCACACGGCUGGCGUCAUAGUGGUCGGCACCAGGAAGUACAUCGAAUGGCUUUCAGUGCUGCAUCGGUAUGCGGCAUUUUUUGGGUGGUCACUGGCCAUUUGGGUGGCCUUCCAACCUUUGAUCAAUGCCAGACAAGAAACGGACAGUACCAGCCAGCAGAAAUUCAUUGACACUGUCAGCAAGCUCCUCUUUGCUCUCAUGCUCUCUGCUGCGUUGUUGUUUGGAGAGAAGCUAUCCAUCCAGUGGAUCGCCGGCAAGUUCCACGAACGGUCGUAUGCCGAGCGUAUUGCCGACCAGAAGUUUGCCGUGCGCUCUCUCGUCACACUAUAUGCGCACUCAACGGACAUCCCGUGGCGCGCGGACACUCUCAAGGAUGGUGACAAUGCAGACAGAUCCGCGAACGGCAAACGCAAGACUUUGAACCCUCAGAGGCUCUUCAAGAAGGCGCUCAAGGGCGUUCGCGGUGUUGCGACUACAACCACAACCGUCCUGGGCAAUGUUGCGUCCGAGAUUGCUGGAACGUCUGUUCUGCAGCCAGAUUCCCCUCAGGCGAAAGUCAAGACCGCACUCGAGUCCGCAAACAAGUCCAGACUGCUCGCGCGCCGUUUGUUCUAUUCCUUCGCUCGCCCGGGCUCGGAUAAAAUGUUCGUUGAGGACAUCUUGCGUUUCUUUGCUACGUACGACGAGGCCGAACAAGCCUACUCUAUCUUCGACAAGGACAUGAACGGUGACGUCAGCCGCGAUGAGAUUGAGAUGGCAUGCAUGGAAAUCCAUCGCGAACAGCUCUCGAUCGAGCACUCAAUGAGGGAUUUGGACAGCGCUGUCGGUCGCCUGGACAACAUUCUCAUGAGUUUGUAUGCCAUCGCGGUUGCGCUCAUUUUUGCUGUCUCGCUUGAAGCUUCCGUGGCUACCCUCCUGUCCAGCGCCGGAACGCUGGUCCUUGGUCUCAGUUGGCUCAUCGGUGGCAGCUUGGCGGAAGUGCUUACCAGCAUCAUCUUCCUGUUUAUCAAGCAUCCAUACGAUGUCGGCGACCGGGUCGAGAUUGACAAGAUCACGUACACUGUCAAGGAGAUUCGUCUGUUGAGCACCAUCUUUUUGGACAUCAACGGAUGUCUUGUUCAGGCGCCAAAUACUGUUCUCAACGCUCAACCCAUUCACAACAUGCGGCGUAGCCCUCAGAUGUCUGAGCCGUUCGAAUUUGACGUGUCUUACGGGACAACCUUCGAGCAAAUUGAGCGGCUCCGGGCUGUUAUGCUUUCGUUCGUAAAAGCGGAGCGCAGAGAUUACCUGCCAAUCUUCGACGUCUACGUCAUCGACAUGCCCGCGCAGGAAAAACUCACGCUGAAGGCGGACAUCAAGUACAAGAGCAACUGGCAGCAAGGAACGCUGAGAGCGCAACGACGGAAUAAGUGGAUCUGUGCGCUCAAAGCCUCACUCGAGAAGCUGCAUAUCUACGGGCCCGCAGGUCCUCCGUCCGGUGCUCCAGCUCCGAUCAAGUAUACGCAAGUCCCGUACUCCGACGUGCUCAAGCAAGAGGAGGAAGAACGGCACUCGCGCAAACCCACGUCUGGCAGCGACGAGCUACACAUCCCGAAGUCGGACUGGACGUUCUCGGACCCGAACUCCUCCGCCGUCGACAACUCGCAAGACGUGUUCGACGAAGGCAGCCAGCUCUACCGCCCCACCCAGACGCCCGACGGGUCCGUGCGAGGGCAGCCUCCGAUGGCGAUGCCCAGCGCGGUCACGAUGCCGGCGAUGCCGAUGCAGGGCAUGCCCUCGUCGAGCGAGCGAGGGCCGGUGAUGGAGGAGAUCGAGCUGCGGACGCCGCGCGCGGACCAGCUCACGCACAACAUCUGA